AUGGUUGAUGCUACCCCGGAUAUGUCACAUACUGAACAAAGUACAUUCAUCCUGAGAUACCUAACUUGUGAUGAAUGUGGUAAAUACCUGAUACAAGAGAGAUUUCUUUCAUUUAUUGAUGACAAUAAGAAGACAGGGGCAGACAUUUCAGAGAUGAUAUUAAAAUUUCUUAGUGAUUCUCAUAUUCCUUUUGAAGAUUGCAGAGGUCAGGGAUACGACAAUGGUAGUAAUAUGUCAGAUCAGAGAAAUCAGGUGAUUCAAGCUCAGUCUUCUACUGUAGAUAUUGAAGUAAAAAACAUAGAGGACUUGGAAACUGAAUUGCAGUCUCUCAAAAAAAAGUGGCAUUUAAUUUAUGAUGAAGCCAAAGUUGUUGCAGUUGCCAUGAACAUUGACCCAGUAUUUCGAGUCACUUGGAAAGGAAAAAGAAAAUCCUUUUUUGAUGACUCCGACUCUGAUGAUAAUAAGGUAUCAGGUGAAGAUUCACUUAUACAGACAGACGAACAUAGGUUUAAGAAAGAAGUGUUUUUUAAGGUUAUUGACACAGUAUGUGAGAGACUAAACAAGCGUUACCAGGCCAUCUUCCAGAUUAACAAACUAUUUGGGUUUCUGUGGUCAUAUCUUGAUAUGACUGAUGAAGUGAUAGUAAAUGAUUCUAAAAACUUUAGCACUGAGUAUAGCAAAGACAUCUCUAGUGACAAGCUAACUGAGGAAAUUCUAUCUAAACCUCUGUUCCUGAACACAGCCGAGAGCAUACUCCUGUAUCCCUUUAUUGUGGAUACAGCUAGAUGCGACUUUACUUUCAAGAAUAGCAAGAAAUCAGCAAUUUCCGCUAUAGAGGUAGAGGAGGAGGACAACUUCUUGGCUCUACACCACCUUCUAAAGACCUCCCACUUCGACUGGUAUACUUUCGAAGUGGAGGUUUCUGCGAGCUCUCGCGAUCCGCGCUCUUGCCACUUCGCGGAGAAAAGCCUCUCGCUCUGA